CUUAGGAAACAAUAAGGAAGAGGGAAUUAUUAUUUUCAUAGUUUGGGCAUAGCUCAUUAUUUCACCUGUUGGGACAAGGACAAGGUGUUCUUUCAUUUCAUAUAUAAUAUGCCAGCUAUGAUAAAUCUGAGGCUGCUUCCUGACUUCUCAAAGGAUCUUUGUCUCUCUUUUUUUUUCAGUACUUUGUCUUUUUCUGUAACCUCCAGAUUAUAUGUCAAGAAACCAGAACCACUUAUCCCCUCUUCUUACAGAGACUGGGAAAGAGAUUUUUGAGAUUUUAACUGCCUUUUCUUCAUGUGAAUUACUCGAGCAGAGCUUGUUUCUUUAGCUCCCAUACCUUUUCUAGACAACACAACAGCAUAAGUGUUUUUCUUGUCAAUGAUAAAGCUUCUCGGGAAGUUCUUGUUAUUCCUUUGAGCAACAUGAACAACAAGGUUUGCUGCAUCUUAUCCAGUCUUGCAUAUGGAAUUGUCGAAGAUCUGAGAGCAAUGAAAAAACACUUCUUGCAAAAAAGGAACAUUUUGGUCCACGUGUAAGCGUGGCACUUGGUGACUCACCUGCAAGAUUUCUUGGCUGACAUCUGAAGAACGAAGUGCUUUUCAACCUGUACUUCUGUAGCACUAUGACUAACUGUAAAGGCAGAUCUACCAUCUCCAAAACAAAUAGCAAAGUCCAUGACAGAGAAGGCUUUGUAAACUGGACCAUAAAUCUUAACACAAUUCAGUCUGAUAAAUUUUUGAGACUGCUUUUAAGUAUGGUUCCUGUUGUUUACCAAAUAAACCAAGAGGAAAGACACAAAAAGGUGAAUGGUGUCUGGCAAGAUGGAUUGCAACCAGCAGGACACAAUUUUAAUGUCAGGUCAGAGCAACACACAGAGUACCAUCACUUCUCAGAACCAAGCUUUCAUGGUAGCAAUGGACACAGCCCAUCCAGUAGCCCAAAAUAUGAUGAUUUUGCCAGUUAUAAUUACUGUGAUGGAAUGGACACUUCAGAAACAGAUGCCAUGUUGCAGGAUGAUGCUCUCUCUAGUGACAGUAAUGAAGAAAUUAUUGUGGAAGGAAGUAGAAAACAACCCAAAGAAUCGAGUAGUAUUAUGGCACUGCAGAUACUUGUACCCUUUUUGCUAGCAGGGUUUGGAACUGUUUCUGCUGGCAUGGUUUUGGAUAUUGUACAGCACUGGGAUGUGUUCAAGAAUGUUACUGAAGUCUUUAUCUUGGUUCCUGCACUUCUUGGUCUCAAAGGAAAUUUGGAAAUGACCUUGGCAUCCAGGUUGUCAACUGCUGUAAAUAUUGGAAAAAUGGAUUCUCCCAUUGAGAAAUGGAACCUAAUAAUUGGCAAUUUGGCCUUAAAACAGGUUCAGGCAACAGUAGUUGGUUUUCUGGCAGCAGUGGCAGCAGUUAUAUUGGGCUGGAUUCCAGAGGGCAAAUACCGCUUUGAUCAUUCAGUCCUUCUGUGUUCUAGCAGUGUAGCAACUGCCUUCAUAGCUUCUCUUUUACAAGGAGUGAUAAUGGUUGGAGUUAUUGUUGGAUCUAAGAAGACUGGUAUUAAUCCUGACAACGUUGCCACUCCUAUAGCAGCAAGCUUUGGAGAUCUCAUCACCCUUGCCAUACUAGCAUGGAUAAGUCAGGGUCUAUACACUUGCCUUGAGACAUAUUACUAUAUAUCUCCUUUGGUUGGUGCCUUUUUUUUGGCUCUGACUCCGAUGGGGAUUGUCAUAGCUGCCAAACACCCAGCUACCAGAACUGUCCUCCAUUCAGGAUGGGAGCCUGUUAUAACUGCCAUGAUUAUAAGCAGUAUUGGUGGCCUUAUUCUGGACACAACUGUAUCUGAUCCUAACUUGGUUGGAAUUGUUGUUUAUACCCCAGUAAUUAAUGGUAUUGGUGGCAAUCUAGUAGCUAUUCAAGCUAGCAGAAUUUCUACCUACCUCCAUUUACAUAGCAUUCCUGGAGAGCUGCCAGAGGAGGCCAAGGGUUGCUAUUACCCAUGCAGAACAUACUUUGGUACAGGAGUAAAUAACAAAUCAGCCCAAGUUCUGCUUCUCUUGGUGAUUCCUGGACACCUGAUUUUCUUGUACACUAUCCACUUAAUGAAAAGUGGACAUACUUCCUUAACCCCCAUCUUUAUAGCAGUAUAUUUGUUUGCAGCUCUGCUACAGGUGUUUACUCUGUUGUGGAUUGCUGACUGGAUGGUGCAUCACUUCUGGAAAAAAGGAAAAGACCCUGACAGUUUUUCUAUCCCUUAUCUUACUGCACUGGGAGAUCUGCUUGGAACUGCCUUAUUAGCCAUAGGUUUUCAUUUUCUGUGGCUCAUAGGUGACAGAGAUGGUGAUGUUGGUGACUAAUUAUCCCAACAGAUGCAAUGACUUUUCCUGGAAUUUGACAAGACCAAUCACUCCACCUGAGGGUCCUCAAAGGAUUUGUUCCUUUUGUUCUAAGUGAAUCCGGUUGACACAGACAUAAAACAGCCUUAAUGAUUUUAGUUUGGUUUGCUUUUAAAACCUUGGAUGGAGCUGUGAUAUCUGAGAGCUUUAUUCUGAAACCAAGGUGAAUUGGUGGUAGCUGAAGAUAUCUGAGGAGACACAAUGAAGGGCAGAUGAAUCCUUUAUUAAGUGUUCAAUUGCCUAAAGAGGUGAUGAUACAUUCUUACCUUGCAAUUUCAGUGCUGUGGCUCUCUGAGCACUGCAGACUUGAUACCAAUAAUGACUGUUAUGGUCCACACAUUUUAUCCCAGGCUUUAUUUUCUGUAGAUGAAUAUGACCAUCAGCAUUUAUAAAAUUAGACACUUGAAAAGUGUCUGCAGGACUAAGCCCAUUUUCUUUGUGCUACAAUGAGCAACCUAAUUAUUUUGCUGUUGGAAUUUAUUAGAACAAAAAUAGCAAAGGCAAAUAAUAAUGUGAACUGACCUGGUCAAUAAUAAUGGGUGAAUGAUUAAAACUCCUUGUGUUGAAAAGUGUGUGUUCAUUUAGCAACUGAAAAGAUGUUUAACUAACUGAUAUUAAUGUGUUGUGAUGGCCAGUAUCCUGAUUUUAAUGAAGUAUUUAGAGGUGUUAAUUUAACUGUAUAUACUGAUCCCUGCUUGAAACUUGCAGUAUAAAAGAUGAAGUUUCUUUUAUAGGCACUUAGGAAGUCACUUAAAUUUGUCAAAUUCCAGAGCUGUGUCAUCAAUUUCUAAGCAGAAACCUCUGCUUUCAAGUCAUGCAAAUAACAUGGUCAGUAGGAAAAUUUAUGGCUUCUCAAUGACUUCUCUUAUUUGUAGACCUGAAUAUUUCAAAUAAUACGUUGAUCAUGAGGACUCUGGUUGCCAUUUUGAAAAAAAAAAAAGGUACUAAUUGCUCUGUUUUAAAAUCUACCAGGAGUUCCUCACAGCAUAUGUUUUAAAAGACUAUAGCAUACAUCGUAAAUGCAUAAUGAAAUAAAUCAUAUUUUUAAUGUUGUGAUUGAAAGUUUUAAUUUUGGAGAUUUAAAUUAGAAAAUAUAAUCCAUAUAUCAGCAUAUGGUUAAAUCUUGUAAAAAUUAGUCAUGUGCUUUAUGCAUACAAAUGUUUUUUAAUUUGAUGGACCUACUCAGAUGAGUAGAUUACGUGGAUAAGUGUUAAUGGGACUUCUAUAUGUGUUGGUCACCUUAAACUCUUUGGAAGUUCAAAGUGUUUGCAACUUUGAAAAUUAAACCAGCUAUUCAGUGCCUACACAUGGCUUUAGAUGCCUGAAUUUUAGCUCCCUCAUUUAAAUUUUUUUAUUUAAGCGUUUUCUUACUGUUAUUAUAAUAUAGUUGUUUGAAUGAAUCAUAUGUAUUAUGUCUUUUAUUAUGUGAGGGAAAGAUGAAAUCUUUCUAACUUCAGGUUCUCUGACUUUUUUUAGUUUAUAUUAAUGUUAUUUAAAACAGUUUCUUGUAUGUAGCAUUGCAGGAAAUAUUAUUAAAUUGUUUAAAAUGGAAUAAAUAAUGAGAAGUAAUUCAAUUUUUCCAAUAAUGCUCAUUUAUUUUUGAUACAGCCAUAGAUGCAAUUUUUUCUUUUUCUGUUAGAACUGCCA